GUUUGGAUUGGCCGGUAAAAUUGCGGUAACACGAAAUGCACCAUUAUUUUAGGGCGUGGAAGGCUCCGGUAAAUCAAAUCCCUCGAACGCCGGAAUGAAGACGGUCAUCGCCUUGUCUCUCGUCCUUGCCGUCGCGGCUCAGGCCUACGGAAACGGCAACAGCCGUCCACUAUUCCAGGUCGUGAUCGUGACUAACCCCGGCCUCCAGUAUGCUGUCUGCGGUGGAUCCCUCAUUAAACAGGACAAAGUGCUGACUGGUGCCCAAUGUUGCCUGGGAGGGAAAUCUUUCGUGGUCUACCUUGGCACUAACAACCGUGACGAUUCCGAGCUCACCCAGAAGGUCUUCAGGUCGAAAAGAUCUACAAUCCACGAACGUUACAACGAAUCAAGUAAAGUGAACGACUUAUGCAUCAUUCACCUGGACGAAGAGGCUCGCGGCCAGGACAUCACCACCAUCCGGCUGCCGUCUCGUUCUCAGGUCGCAGUGACCUUCGAAAGACAGAAAGCUCUCGUUUCCGGCUGGGAAUUAACCUUGAAAGAUGAAAAUACUAAGAAAGCUAAGAUGAUGCAAGCGGAAGUCACCAUCGUCCAAAAUGACGUAUGCAAGAAGAUUUUUCCACAAUUUACCGCCGAGAUGCUUUGCGCCUCCGCCAGCAGCAGAAAUGAAAGCUAUGGAGACUUCGCCGGUCCGCUUACCAUCUUUGAAUCUGACGGAAAGGAGACCCAAAUUGGACUCGCAAGCUACGGGCCUAUACCUGAGCAAGGAUUGUGUCUUCCUGAUGUCUACGUCAGACUCACCGAAUACCUCGACUGGAUCGAAAAGUGGACUGGAGUCGAGAUCCGUCCUUAAAACUGUAGGUGUGUCGAGGACCGUUCAAU